GGGAAUCGUAGUUCAUUCAUGACUGCCGGCCUUCCUCAGAGUCAGUCAAUCCUGACCCAGAACACAAUUCCCAGAGGGCUAGGCGCCACUCGGAGCCGGCAGUCUCCACUCGCGCUUAGACUCCUGGGAGUUGCAGUACGAUUGCAUCAGGCGGGAACCAUGGCCGUGACCAAGGAGCUCUUACAAAUGGACCUGUACGCGCUGCUAGGCAUUGAGGAGAAGGCGGCGGACAAAGAGGUGAAGAAGGCAUAUAGGCAGAAGGCCCUCUCCUGCCACCCAGACAAAAAUCCAGAUAAUCCCAGAGCAGCUGAACUCUUCCACCAGCUUUCUCAGGCCUUGGAGGUGCUGACCGAUGCUGCAGCCAGGGCUGCCUAUGACAAGGUAAGGAAAGCCAAGAAGCAGGCAGCAGAGAGGACCCAGAGGCUUGAUGAGAAAAGGAAGAAAGUGAAGCUCGAUCUGGAGGCCCGGGAACGGCAGGCCCAGGCCCACGAGAGUGAGGAGGAGGAGGAGAGCCGGAGCACCAGGACACUAGAGCAAGAGAUCGAACGCUUGAGAGAAGAGGGUUCCCGGCAGCUGGAGGAACAGCAGAGGCUGAUCCGGGAGCAAAUACGCCAGGAGCAUGACCAGAGGUUGAGAGGUGCAGGAAAGACAGAAAAUACUGAAGGCCAAGGAACCCCCAAACUAAAGCUAAAAUGGAAGUGCAAGAAGGAGGAUGAAUCAAAAGGUGGCUACUCCAAAGACGUCCUUCUACGGCUUUUGCAAAAGUAUGGUGAGGUUCUCAACCUGGUACUUUCUAGUAAGAAGGCAGGCACUGCUGUCGUGGAGUUUGCGACCAUCAGGGCUGCGGAGCUGGCUGUCCAGAAUGAAAUUGGCCUGAUGGACAACCCUCUGAAGAUUUCCUGGUUAGAGGGACAGCCCCAGGACACCAUGGGCCAUAGCCACCCAGGACUGUCAAAGGGCUCAGUGGUGUCGGACAGGGACUAUGAGAGCCUCGUCAUGAUGCGCAUGCGCCAGGCUGCUGAGCGGCAACAGCUGAUCGCACGGAUGCAGCGGGAAGACCAGGAGGGGCCGCCCACGUAGCCCCGGCUCUUGCCACCCGCCCACCAGCCCUUUUCUUCAAUGUCACCAAUAAAAGUUUUUUGUUUUUUUUUUUAAA